AUGGACACGAAUGGGAUGACUGAAAAGCUGAAGAAAACAUUGAGUGAANNGAUCGAGAAUGCAGUCAAGGAGAUUACUGAAAAGCUGAACAAAACAGUGAUUGAAGAGAUGGAGAAGGCAAUCAAGGAGAUUACUGAAAAGCUGAACAAAACAGUGAUUGAAGAGAUCGAGAAAGCAAUGAAGGGGAUGGCUGAAACGCUGAAGAAAACAGUGAUUGAAGUGAUCGAGAAAGCAAAGACGGAGAUGGUUGAAAAGCUGAACAAAACAGUGAUUGAAGAGAUGGAGAAAGCAAUGAAGGAGAUGGUUGAAACACUGAAGAAAACAGUGAGUGAAGAGAUGGAAAAAGCAAUGAAGGAGAUGGUUGAAACGCUGAAGAAAAUAUUGAGUGAAGAGAUUAAGAAAGCAUUCAAGGAGAUUACUGAAAAGCUGAAGAUUACAUUGAGUGAAGGGAUCGAGAAAGCAAAGAAGGAGGUGGAGAUGGCUGAAAAGCUGAAGAAAACAGUGAUUGAUAAGAUGGAGAAAGCAAUGAAGGAGAUGGCUGAAGAGAUGGAUGAGAAGCGCUGUGAGAUAGAAGAAUUAGAGGAUUUGAAUACAAUCCUCCUCAUAACAGUACGUGCAAGCAAGGAUGAGAUACACGAAGCACGAAAAGAGUUGAUUAAGGCAUUGAGAGAGUCUUCGGGUGGCGAAUCUUGCAAGAUCGGUGUAAAGAUGAUGGGCGAUCUUGAUAAAAAUGCGUCAUGGCACCCAUUCAAACGCGUGUGGACCGGAGACAAUGUGAAGGAAGUGGUGGAUGAAGAAGAUGAGAAGUUUAGGAAUCUGAGAGAAGAGUGGGGAGAAGAGGUGAUGACAGCGCACGAGGAGCUUAACGAUUUUAAUGCAAGCGGCCGCUACUCAGUUCCGGCACUGUGGAAUUAUGAAGAAGGGAGAGAAGCCACACUCAAAGAAGGGAUUGCGCACAUGGCUAACCAGAUCAAUACGCUCAAACUCAAACGCACAUGA